GUCUCUCCGAGAGUCAGCACAGUCCCCCGUCUGCAGGAAUGAACCCACUGCUGGUUGAGUUGUGCUCUGGGCUUCCUUUGAAACCUCUGCCCCCCAAAAGAGGGAGAGACACCAGCCUGCCUCAUGCUCCUGUUCGCACUCCCAACCUAACAACCAACGAUGAAAAGUUCAGGCUGGCGAUGUACUACCUAUCCCAGAUGACAGAGGAGCAGACUCUGGUCAUGUACAGUGGGCACCCACAUGGAUUGUUCCCAAGUCCCCGAAAUGCUCCACGGGUGGUCCUCACAAACGGCAUGGUGAUCCCAAACUAUUCCUCCAGGGAUGAGUAUGAGAUGAUGUUUGCCAUGGGAGUGACCAUGUACGGACAGAUGACAGCAGGAAGCUACUGUUACAUUGGCCCACAGGGGAUUGUGCAUGGCACUGUGCUGACUGUACUGAACGCGGGCCGUCGCUACCUGGGGCUGGACGAUCUCAGCGGCAAAGUGUUUGUGACAUCGGGACUGGGUGGGAUGAGUGGUGCCCAGGCUAAAGCAGCGGCUAUCAUUGGCUGUGUGGCAGUGAUAGCGGAGGUCGAUGAGGCAGCUCUGACUAAACGACACCAGCAAGGCUGGCUCAUGCAAAUCAGCAACAGCUUGGACCAGUGUGUCGCUCAGAUCAGGGAGGCUCGACAAAAGAAGACAGCCCUCAGUCUUGGUUAUCAUGGUAACGUGGUGGACCUCUGGGAACGGCUGGUGCAGGAGAGUGAGCAGACUGGAGAGCUCCUGGUGGACCUGGGCUCGGAUCAGACUUCCUGUCACAACCCUUUCAGUGGAGGUUACUACCCUGCACAGCUCACAUUCGAGGCAGCCAAUCAGAUGAUGCACGCUGACCCGAAAACAUUCCGCCGUCUUGUCCAGGAAAGCCUGUUGCAACAAGUAACUGCCAUCAACAAACUGUCGGAGAAAGGGAUGUUUUUCUGGGAUUAUGGGAAUGCUUUCCUACUUGAAGCCAAGAGAGCAGGUGCUGAUGUGGAGAAAGCUGGAGGUGGAAAACUGGAAUUCAAGUUCCCGUCAUAUGUCCAGCAUAUAAUGGGCGAUAUUUUCUCUCUGGGGUUUGGGCCAUUUCGUUGGGUUUGUACUUCAGCUGACCCCACGGACCUAAUGGAGACCGAUGCUAUUGCUACUGCGGUACUGGAGGAGAUUGCACAUGAAACAGAGACCAGCAUUUAUGUCAAGCAACAAUACUCAGAUAACAUCCGCUGGAUCAGACAGGCUGCAAAGCACAACAUGGUUGUCGGCUCUCAAGCUCGGAUUCUGUAUUCAGACCAGAAAGGACGUGUGAAGAUAGCAGUUGCAAUAAAUCAGGCUAUUGCUGCAGGCAAGAUCAAGGCUCCUGUGGUGAUUAGCCGAGACCACCAUGAUGUCAGUGGAACAGACAGUCCCUUCAGGGAAACCUCGAAUAUUUAUGAUGGGUCGGCGUUUUGUGCAGACAUGGCGGUGCAGAACGUUAUUGGCGAUUCCUUCCGAGGGGCAACGUGGGUGGCUUUACACAAUGGUGGAGGUGUGGGCUGGGGAGAGGUGAUGAAUGGUGGCUUCGGCCUGGUCCUGGAUGGCUCUGCAGAGGCUGAGGAGCGUGCGAAUAUGAUGCUGAACUGGGACGUAUCCAAUGGGGUGAGUGAGACAUAUUUCCACUCUGCUUCACUCUGUGUUCCGAUGAAACACGUUCGAUGA